AUGGGUACGUCAAGAUACAUAAACGCAAUUGAUCUAACUUCAGUUCCAAAAAUUACUGUUGCUGGAGUCGAUGUGACAUAUUCUGCUCACGUAAAGUACCUAGGAGUUUGGAUUGCGAACAACCUAUCUUGGGAUCUGCAAGUAUCGCACAUUACGAACAAGGUUCGCUCUACGCUACACCAGCUCAAGCUAUGCAGACAUCUUAUUCCUGAUACACUAAAAAUAAAACUUGUUGUCUCUCUCAUCUAUCCGCACAUUGACUAUUGUUGCGCCAUACUUACUGACAUCACUGCUGAACUUAAUCUGAAAUUAUAUCGAGCCAUGAACGCAUGUAUGAGGUUUAUCUUUUGUAUCAAGAUCGAUGAACACAUCUCGCCAUACUAUACAAGGCUCCGCUGGCUCAAGGUUGACAAAAGAAGGGAGUACCUCGUUGCCUGUCUUCUUUUCAAUAUUCUUAAAUAUCAGCAACCAGAUCUUCUUUACAGGCUAUUCUCCAUUAAAGUCUGUUCAUCAUCCAGAUCCAUGAGAUCUGCUGAAGACCUUCUCUCGGUGCCUCAAUGUCGUACAGAACUUUACAGGCGGUCUUACAGACUUAGUGCGAUCAGAUUAUGGAAUCGUCUUCCUCUAAACUUACGCAACGAAUCUUCAUCGGUCGUUUUUAAAAAUGGGCUCUAUGCGCAUUUACUCGAUCUCAAUGCUGAAGUGUGA